UCGAGUUCGCCUUUAUUAUAUAUAUACAUGUAAGUAUACACGCCCUAAAUAAAACAAACACCCUAAAUAAUGGCACUGCAAUGCAUGUAAUAGAAGGUCCUGCCUUCUGGGUCCCAUAAACUAUCAAAGCUAAAGGAGAUGAGAGAUGGGCCCUUUUGGGCCUGAGGCCCAUUUGACUUUUCGCCAGUAUACCGACUUACCGUCUCUCUCUCUCUCUCCGUGUCUGGUCUCCGCCAACCAGCAAACCGGACCGGUGUCGGGGUUCCCUUCCUUCCUCAGCAAGCUCGAAAGCUGAUGAAAGCAACAGUCUUCCUCCCGAUUUCGCCGGAUUGACUAUAGCAAAACUCCAUUGCUGUGUUCGUCAGCAGUGAUCAUCAAGCAACUGCCCCGACCGAUCGGUUAUAUGCUUGAAUGCGACAUAGCCCAGCUCAGCAUUGUGGCUGAACAUGCUCGAUUGCAUCACCGCCAGCUGCUCUCUCUCGUCUUCUUGCCCGACUCCCAGCCCCCACCCGCCUCCCUCGCGAGGUUGGUGCGGGCCCUCCAGCGACGGAACCCCGCGAUCGAGCGGCCUUCUCUCGCCCAUCGACGUCCACCACGAGUACGCCCACGCCCUCCAGAGCGACUCCUACAAGAAGAUAUGGACCCUGUUCGAGGACGUCGGGUCAAUCAUCCCGGAUGAUCAGGAGCUCCAAUUCAACCGCCAGGAGUCCUGGGAACGGACCCGGGAGAGGAUCAUGGCCGAGGCCCUGUAUCCCGACUGCGGCCGCGUGAGGGAGGCCCUCGGCCGGGCGAAGCGCUGUAGGCUAACCGAUCUGGCGUCGUCCUACUUCGACGAGAGCGAGAGGGCCACCGAGCUCUUCAUCGCUCUCCAGUUGGGCGUGCGGAAGGCCCGAGCCAUCUACGCCCCGCUCUUCGAUCUCCUCUCCGUGCUGCCCUUCGAUGCCGAGUCCCUGUCGGAGGCCCAGUGCAGAAGGGCAUACGAAGUCUUCGUCCAGUUCGAUCACUGCAGCAGCUCCUUUCCGUUCACGGGGUCGGACACCUUCAAGCCGAUGCGUGACUGCUCUCUCGAGCUCAAGAACCACCUGACCAGCCGUGUCCGGAAGUCUCGCUCGAGGGUUCGACUUGUCCAUCGUGCCACCUCCAAGUCGGGCCUUUGUGUCAUCGGGACAGCAGCUGUUGUAGCAGUCUCCGCCGCUGCAGUCACCGCCCACUCCCUCGUAGUCGCGGCCGCCGCCGCUCCCUGCAUUAUCCCUUUCCUGCCCCCCAGAAAGUUCGUGGAGAGGGAGCUCUCCCGUGCAGACCAGCUCAAUGAGGCCGCUCGGGUGGUGUAUGCGCUUAGUGAGCACUUGGAGACCGUGGAUAGCCUUGUGGAGAGGCUACAAACCACAGUAGAGGGGGACAGGCGCCUGAUACAGAUCGGGCUGGAGAGGGGCGGGGACCCAGGGCCAAUCCGGGAGGUGGUGAAGCAUCUUAGGAGGAGCCCGAGCGCAUUCUCCCAGCAGCUCGAGCAUCUCGUGGUGGACACCUGCCUCUGGUUCACCACUGUCAACAGGGCUAGGGAACUGCUUUUCGAAGAGAUCUGCUCUCAUCGCGAUCGAACCGAUGAUUCCUGACUCAUUUUUAUCACUUGCAGUAGCAAAUGAAGAUUUUAGCAAUGUCUUCUCUUCUAACAAAAUGAUUAUAGCCAGCAACAUCUUAUGGUUGCAGAAUCUAUAGGCUGUGUACUUCGCACGAUUUAUAAGCCGUGGACUUCGAUUCUAGUAGCAGAGUAUAGAGUGUACUUACUAUCCGACAGCAUCGCUUGCUCUGGUGUGAUGUUUGAGAUCUCUAUUCUCCAGGGACAGUUCGAGCAAGCGAUUUGUCGCGGUGAACUCCGGCUUCUGUCGGAUUUCUCUGCCAAAUCUGGUCUUUUCAGUUGUCGUAGAUGCGAUCUUAUGCAAACACUUUUUACUCAAUC